CGUGACAGAAAGAUACUCAACUCUACUCUACUCUACUUUACUCUACUCAACUAAUCUCUUCUCUACUCUACUACUUUACUAGCACAGAGUCUCUCUCUCUCUCUGUCUCACUGUGUGUGUGUGUGUGUGUGUGUCCGUCUACUCUUCUUUUCGGACACGACAGUGUGAGAGUUAAAGCUCCUCCCAUCUCCACUAAAGCUCUAGCUCCAGCUCUAGUUCUGCUCCUCGUGCCGUCUGCUCUCGUCUCGUGUUGAGCGCCUUCUAGAAUCAGAAUGUCCGGCGUCCAGUUGGAAUCCCUGGAGAAGACUCUAGCGGAACACCUUCCGGAAGCAGAACUCAGAGAGGUGCAGCGGAUUCUAUAUGGAAGAGAACUCAAAUCUCUGGAGCUGCCAGCAGGGGCAGUGUCUGCGGCGUCUGAGCGUGAUUUCGAGCUGCAGGGUUUUGUCAUGGGGGCGUCGCCAGAACAGCUGCGAGCUCCGCGAUUGGUGAGAGUGGGACUCAUACAAAACAAGAUCGUGCUGCCCACCGACGCACCUGUAAUGGACCAGAUCUCUGCUCUGCAUAAGCGUAUCGGGGAGAUGGUUGAGGUGGCCGCCAUGUGUGGAGUCAACAUCGUCUGCUUUCAGGAAGCCUGGACGAUGCCGUUUGCCUUCUGCACGCGGGAGAGGGAGCCCUGGACGGAGUUUGCAGAGUCGGCAGAGGACGGAAUCACCACCAAAUACUGCCAAGAGUUGGCUAGGCGCUACAACAUGGUGCUGGUGUCUCCUAUCCUGGAGCGGGACUCGGUCCACGGGGAGACGCUGUGGAACACGGCAGUCGUCAUCGGCAACAGCGGCACGGUGAUCGGCAAGACGCGCAAGAACCACAUCCCACGCGUAGGAGACUUCAACGAGUCCUCGUAUUACAUGGAGGGCAACACGGGUCACCGCGUGUUCCAGACGGCGUUCGGUCGCGUGGGCGUGAACAUCUGCUACGGCCGCCACCACCCGCUCAACUGGCAGCUCUACGCCAUCAACGGGGCCGAGAUCAUCUUCAACCCCUCCGCUACCGUGGGGGCCCUCAGUGAGCCCAUGUGGUCUAUUGAGGCUCGGAAUGCUGCGAUAGCCAAUCACGUCUUCACCUGCGGCAUCAACAGAGUUGGCACUGAACAUUUCAAGAAUGAAUUCACCUCCGGAGAUGGCAAGAAAGCUCAUAAUGAGUUUGGACAUUUCUACGGCUCCUCCUACGUGGCGGCUCCGGACGGCAGUCGCACGCCGGGACUCAGUCGGACCCGGGACGGACUCCUGGUGGCCGAGAUGGACCUCAACCUCAACAGACAGAUAGCGGACAAGUGGAACUUCAAGAUGACGGGUCGUUAUGAGAUGUAUGCUGAGGAGCUGACCGCCGCCGUCAGACACGAUUUCCAACCCAACAUCAUCCGCGAGUAGCGUUACUACGGCAACUCCAACCCAACAUCAUCCGUGAGUAGCGUUACUACGGCAACACUAAACCAUCACUAUGACAACUCCAACCCAACAUCAUCCGGGAGUAGCGUUACUACGGCGACUUCCAACCCAACAUCAUCCGGGAGUAGCGUUACUACGGCAACUCUAAGCAUCACUAUGACAACACUAAACCAACAUCGUCCAGGAGUAGAAUUCCAUCAUCACUGUGGCAACAUCAUCCAGGAGUAGAGUUAAGAUAGCAACGACCACCAUCACUAUGGCAACACUAAACCAAUAUCUUCCGGGGAGUAGAAUUCCAUCAUCACCGUGGCAACAUCAUCGAGGAGUAGAAUUACAAUAUUACUAUGGCAACAUCAUCUGUGUGUACGUUCCAAUAUGCGACCUUGCGUCCUCCACUUGUGGCUUGUGGCCUCGUACCAGGAAGUAAUAUGUCAUGAUGAUAUCACUGACAACAGCAUUAUAUUUCAAUAUCUCAAAAAAGCUCAAUUGCAAAUUCGGUUCAAUUGUAAAUUCAGCUGACAGCUGGGAAAGUUUAUUGUUUUCUCAACGGAGGCGGGGCCAGGAGGCGGGACGAGGCCCCAAGCCCAAGUGGAGGACGCAAGGUAGCAUAUUGGAAUGCAUACAGUGUGUUGAACUCCACAGUAUCAGGAUGUAGAACUAUGUCUAUAACCAGCUCACACACACACACACACACACACACACACACACACACACACACACACACACACACACACACACACACACACACACACACACACUCACUCUGUCUCACAGAUGUUGCAGCUUAC